CAGCAUGCCUUGUCGUCGUGCUGUGUGUGUGUGUGUGUGCGCGCGCGUGGACGGCGUCAAUCUUCAAAUCGCUGCCAUCAUCAGCCGCACCUCCACCGCCAGCCGCUACUACUACCGGGUGCCACUCCACAGCCUCAUCCCACAACCGCAGCAGUGGACGAGGGAUAAUGGUGGAAUAGCCGGAUUGUGCGCACCAGGGAGGCAGCACGAGAGCUGAGCGUGGAGCCAUGGCAGCAGCAGCAGUACGCUAGCGUGGCGUGAGUGAGGCGUGUUUGGCCCAUCUGAGGUGGAAGGCUGGAAGGGUGCUCGUGCGAUCUUACGAUCGUUUCCGCCUCAAACUCAAGAUCCACGACAGGACAUCAAGAGCACCCAUGACAUGACCGACGUGACCAGACCACAUCCACCACCACCAGCAACGACGAGGAAUGUGAAUAACCCCGGCAUACGCUCGCACACGCGAGCACAAACACGCACCCACACGCACCCACCUGCUUACUUACCCACAGCCUCAUCCUUUGAGCCACCGUUGCAAGGAGCGGGCACUGCGACCACAGCACGAACGUGUGGAUGUGUUGAUGACUCAACCACGACAGCAACGCACGUGGCAGCACACAGCGCCACAUACACCAACAGCAGCAGCAAGAGACGAAGAUGGAGUCGAGUGCUCGCGACAUGAACCAUAACAACCAUGACAGCAGCAACACAUGCUCAAGCGCGAUUGUGGUGACCGCAGGGACACAGUGGCGGUUAGGCCGGUGACAAGGACAUGCACACGCGCACAUGUGUGUGAGAGCAGAGGUAUUUUCACGACAGCAGCAGCAGCAACAGCAACAACAGCAGCAGCGCGCGUGUGUGUGGCUGAUAGUUGUUAGGAAGAGGACAGGGGUGGAGCCAUGAGUGCUUUGAAUCGAUGCUUUCAUGGCUGCAGUGUUGUGACGAUGACAGCACACGCGUUGAUGGUUUACACAUGCGGUGAUAGUGGUGGUGGUGGCGGUCACUGCCAUUGGGGCGGUGGCUUUGGGUUGCGUCAUUGGAAGUGCAUGACCCGCUGCAUCUCCACCUCAACACGAGCGCGGUCGCCAUCACCAUCAUCACCGUCUAUCUUCACUGAUGCUGCUGGUGAUGGUGAUGAUGGUGGUGGUGAUGGUGGUGAUGGCAGAGCAAACAUCUGUCCCAGCACCGCCCCAGCCAGUGUUGCGGUCAUUGCGAAGAGAUGAGAUGGUGACAGUUUGCUGAUACGGCGUCAUGGGUGUUGCGGUUGAUGAUGGCGAUGAUGGUGACGACCAGGGAAGACCACGUAUCAUGGCACCACACAUGCAGGCGAGAGACAGCGAAGACGAAGAUGGCAGCGACGUGCUUGCUUGAAGUGAUGCGAGUGCUUACUGCCCAAUG